UGCCUUACGAAGAUGGCUCUUCAGACCGUUGACCGUUCUCCGUGUCGCCAGGCCAUCCACCAUCAUGGCCUUACAAUUUGAUGGGAAGUCGUCAGGAACGACCAACCCAAGGACACGUCAAUACUCAGAGUUGGAUGAUGAUAAGGACUGGAAUCCGAAGAUGGACGAUGUUGAGGUCAGCAGCCGGGAGCUGAAUAUUGGUACUGCUGUCUCCAGAUACGAGAACAGGCAAUCGGAUCCAGUCACUGAUCUGAAGGAACGUCUGUCAACAUGGGAUCCCAACUACCCGGAGGACAAGAGAGAGUCGAUUAUCCUCGACACUUCAUCGUUCGACGAUGAAGUUGCAUUCAAGGAGGUGGAGGACUCUCCGUAUCCCGAGGUCCGCGCUGCUAUCCACAACUACGACGAAGAUGUGCCUGCCAACACAAUCCGAGCGUGGGUGAUUGGAAUGACUCUGGUCGUCGUUGGAGCUUCUAUGAACACACUAUUUUCAUUACGUGCUCCCUCUAUCGGUUUGGGAGCGUUGGUGGCACAGAUUAUUGCUUGGCCACUUGGUCAUGGAUGGGCCAAGGUCAUGCCGACACGCCAAUUCAGCACCUUUGGGCUCAAAUGGUCUUUCAACCCAGGGCCAUUCAACAUCAAGGAGCACUCGAUUAUCGUUGUCAUGGCUAGCGUCAGUUUCUCUGCUGCAUAUGCUACCGACAUUCUCCUUGCUCAGAUCGCCUUUUACAAGCAAGACUUCGGCAUAUUGUUCCAGCUUCUGCUGGUCAUUUCAACUCAAUCCAUUGGAUACGGUAUUGCAGGAAUGAUGCGCAAAUUCUUGGUCUACCCUGCCGCUAUGAUUUGGCCUGGUAAUUUGGUCAGCGUCACGCUCAUGAACGCUAUGUAUGAGAAAACUGCCGUAAAGCCGGAUCCCACCAUCCUCGGUGGCACUAUUCCGCGAUAUCGAUGGUUUGGUUACGUCUGCGCCGGCGCUUUUGUUUACUACUUCAUUCCUGGAUUCUUGAUGCAAUUCUUGAGUGUGUUUGCCUUCGCUACCUGGAUUGCACCAAACAACGUCGUCGUCAAUCAAUUGUUUGGAGGCACCACCGGACUUUCUCUGCUUCCUAUCACGUUCGACUGGACUCAGAUCUCCGGUUUCGUUGGAUCUCCAUUGAUUCCUCCGUGGUUCGCUAUCGCCAACACAAUGAUCGGCGUCGUCGCUUUCUACAUGAUUGGUGCCUCGGCGUUACACUACAGUGGAACAUGGAGUGCCAAGUUCCUGCCAAUGAGUGAUAGCAUAACGUAUGACAAUACGGGUGCCUCUUACAACACCACAAGAAUCCUCACGCCACAGUUCACUCUCGACCUGGAAGCCUACAAGGGAUACUCGCCAUUGUUCUUGUCAACCACAUUCGCUCUCUCCUAUGGACUUUCAUUCGCGGCCAUUGCAGCUUUGAUUGUGUAUACUUACCUGAAUCAUGGAAAGCAGAUCUGGCAACAAUUCCGAAACAGCACUAAGGAGGAACCUGACAUUCAUAUGAAGUUGAUGAGCAAGUACAAGGAGGCUCCGACCUGGUGGUACAUGGCUUUGUUCGCUAUCAUGAUCGGUCUCAGUCUCAUCACAGUGCUAGCCUUCCCAACCAAUCUCACGUGGUGGGCAUUUCUACUCGCGUUGGGUAUCUCGUUCGCAUUCUCUUUGCCCAUUGGUAUUAUUCAAGCCAUUACGAACACCCAAAUCGGCCUUAAUGUGCUCACGGAAUUCAUCUUCGGUUACAUUCAGCCAGGACGACCACUCGCUUUGAUGAUCUUCAAGACCUACGGAUACAUCACCAUGUCACAAGCUCUUGGAUUCGUAUCUGAUCUCAAAUUCGGACACUACAUGAAGAUCCCACCCCGAACCAUGUUCAUGGCCCAAGUUGUAGCGACAACCUUCUCUUGCUUCAUUCAAGUAGCAGUGCUCAACUUUGCUCUUACCAACAUCAAAGAUGUAUGCACACCUCAUCAAACUGAGCAUUUCACAUGCCCAGGCGGACGAGUCUUCUUCUCAGCUUCGAUUAUCUGGGGUCUGAUCGGCCCGCAACGCAUCUUCUCCCCGGGCCAAAUAUACUCCGGUCUUUUCUGGUUCUUCCUCGUCGGCGCCAUCACUCCUGUAGCGAUCUACUUCUCAGCCCGCAAAUGGCCCAAGUCCCCCAUCAAGUACCUUAUGGCUCCCUUGAUUUUCGGUGGAGCUGGAUCCAUUCCCCCCGCGACUCCACUCAACUAUCUUUCCUGGGGUAUCAUCGGCUUCAUCUUCCAGAAGGUCAUUCGUCAACGAUACUUCGGAUGGUGGUCUCGACUCAACUAUCUGACAAGUUCUGGCUUGGAUCUCGGCUUGGCGCUGAGCACGCUGUUCAUCUUCUUCGCGUUCACGCUGCACAACGUCGAGGCGCCAAACUGGUGGGGUAAUUCAAUUGUUAGCGCGACCAUAGAUGCGCAGGAUACGGCAGUGCAAGCUAUAGUUGCUGCUGGGGAGCAUUUUGGACCUGCUACUUGGUAGUCGGCUCAGACUAGAGAGUGUUACUUUCAGGUAUAUCUUUGGUGAUAGAGUGUGUAUAUCAGGGCUUGAAGAACGAUUUCCUUUAUUUCCUAUUAUCUUGUAAUUGUAAGAAUAUGUACGUGUUUCAAAGUUACUAUUAUGGUAGCCAUCCUUAUGAUCGAAGUAGAUUUCUG